AAAAUUCUUUAUAAACAUUUAAUUUAAUUUUCUGAUGCAGCUAGCUGCUUGGAAUAAUAAUAUUCCUUUUCUAUGAAAAAAAAAUAUUAUGUGAUUUUCUCGGGUUUCUCUAGUUUCUUGCCGGUGUCCAUUUGAAGCACCAAACUUCGAACUGGGCCUUUGCACUGCCAGCUCUGUGGGCCUUCUUUCUUUCCCCGCCAUCGAAGUGGCCUCGACCCAGAAAAAAAACAGGACAAUUGGCCCAUCAAGAGUAACAGUUUCGGCCCAUAAAGAGUAACAGUUUCGGCCCACUGAAACAGCCCAGCAACUGUCGCCGUCGUUCCCGUUCGUUCCCCUCUCGCUCGCUCGAUUCACACUCCCUCACCUCUCCGGAAGCUGCAUCUCGCUGGCCGGCGACUGCCGUGCCUCCUGUUGACCUGUUCCCAUCCUUGCGGCUUCUCUUCCUUGGCCUCGAUCUGGCGCCCGAGAUGGAGGCCGCGGAAGGGAGCGCGACGGCGAGCUCGACUGAUUCAGCGACUUGUCCGGCCAGCACCGCGGCCUUCUCCUCCUGGCUUCGUUCUCCAGUCUCCACAGUAAGCUGAUUCGAAUCAAAGCAGUGCCUAGUUCAGUCGAUUGCAACAGCCAACACUGUGAAUGAAACGAGGAGUGCUCAUGCAGAUCUUGUAGUCGCCAGAGAAUGAAUGAAGCUCCCUUUUUUAGUUUCCAGAUGUGAAGAUUUUGCUAGGGAUAAAAAAGAAACACCUAACCCUGUGGCGCAGAGUUGACCGACGUGAAUUGGAACUAAACAAGGCCGAGCAUCAUCAGAAGGAUAAAGUGCAGGGAAAAGGAGAUGCGGAUUCUUAUGGUGUGGCCAUCAUCCGUAUUCGACGACCCCCUUUAUUCCCCCCUGGGACUUGGACAGUUUAGGUAAGACAACGAUUGUGCUGAAGAUCAGUGGUGACUGGUGAGGACACCAGUGUCAUCAGGCAGCCCCACCCUUGGCCAUCAAGUAUCAACAGUAUGUAUUCCUUUCUCUGUAUAAUUAGGGCACUUCCAAUGCUAGUUUCUAUACCUAUUAAUUUUUAUAGACACUAUAUAUAGAAACUAUGGUCCCAAUGGAUAGUUUCUAUAGAAUAUUUUUUUAUCCCAAUGCAUAUGAAAUAUCUGGAAAAAAAACUCUUUUUUUAGUUAUGCUUAGAUCAUUGUGAUUCUAUUAGGCAUAAGCAAAUUGCUGUUUUAUACUAAGUAAAUAAAAGUAUUCUGAAGCAUUCCAUAAUAUCUGGACCGGGCAACCUGGGCGCAUUCCAUAACUCUCUGUUAGAUCAUCUUCUGUUCACUGUUGAAGUAUGCUCUAGAUCUUGGGCCUUUCCCUAUCUCCGAAGGUAAUUUUCCAUGACCUUUUGUGAUGCAACCUUAAGAUUUGUAAAUAGUUAUGGAGCUGUCAUGAUUUCAGCAGCCCAGCUAGAAAAAUGUGUACUACUGUGGCUAGCUAAACAGCAAUUAUCUGUGUGGUGCUUUUUAUGUAGAAGCGCAUUUUAACAUGAGAGGAAAUGCUCGGUCACUAUUUUGUACUUUCUUCUUCAAGCGUUAGGUUUUUUUUUUUUUUUUUUUUUUUUUUUUUUUUUUUUUUUUUGCAUCAAUGCCAGCAUGCACAAAUAAGCUAAACUCCGGCAACCUUCCACUGAAGUAGUGAUGUCUUGAGUUCAGGUCUUGUGGGGUCAAAUGCACAACUGUAGGUUGAUUAUAGUGCAACACUAACACUAGAAAUAGAAGCAUGAUACAGUAAGGAUUCAUCCAAAAAGUAGUUUAGCAGUUACAUUACAAUCGGUUUAUGUGUAGGGUUUGUAGUUAGUACAAAAUAACAAUUCUAGAUACAAAUGUCCAAUGACUACUUGUAGUAAUGAAAUUUUAGAUGUGAAAACCAAUUCCCCAUUAGUUUCAUAGAAUUUGAAAUUUUGCCAAAAUAAGUGUUGUUUUCAUCUAAACGACAUAUGAUUGCAGUACAUUGAACACCAUGUAUAUUUUCAAAAACAGAACACAUGAUCCAGUAAAGAGUCGUCCAAAAAAUGGUUUAGCAGUUACAUUACAAUCAACUCAAAUUAGAAUGCUCUAUGAUUUUUGUUAACGCUGCGUAUGUGGAGGUUGUAAUUUUAGAAAAUUUCUUCUGAGUACUUGUAGUUAGUUCAAAACAGUAGUUUUAUAUACAUGUAUUCAAUGUGUACUUCUAGUUAUGGAAUUUUCGAUGCAUACGGUGAUCGGCAUCUUUACUAUACCAAAAGCACUUUUUGUCACCCCCCAUGAGUGUCAAGAAGUUGAAAAAUUGUCAAACUAUUUGUUGCUUUAACCUACACAACCAUAUUAUGAUUAUAGUACACUGACUGAACACUACAAGUGUGAUGUAUUUUAGACAGGGUUUUGAAAGACAACGCUGAGUCACCAUUUGAGUUUGCUCCUAAAGCAUAAAAAUUGUAUUUUAGCACCAAUGCCAGCAUAAAAUUUUUUAAAAAAAAUGUCACAAACGAAAGGUGUAUUUCUGAAUCCCCUUGGUGUACUUUAGUUGAGAAGUUCUGCGAUUGAUAAGAUAAGUUCGUUCGGCUUGAUUUACUGCAGUUAUUAGACCAUACAGGUGAAUACCUAGGCAUAUCUUCCAACUUUUGAACUGAUUGUUGAAACUCUAGGUGAAUUGGUGAUGAAUGAAAAAAUGCUUUGGAUACAGUAAUGACGGGUAACCAAUUGCUGCUGGAUCGAUAAAACUGAUGCUUUAGGUUGAUGAUGAUUGUGACGACUGCUGAGUGCUGAGCCUUGGGGAUACGGCCCAGCCCAAUAACAGGGGCAUAUCCUAUCCCCGACGCCACGCCCUAACCUGGACAUCCCCUGCUCGCUCGCGUCGCGCCGUCGCACUCGCAUCCCGCGCGGCUGCGCCUCCCCUGCUCGCUGCCCGCCGGCCACCGCGACGAGCCUCCGCCUCCGCUCGCUGGCCACCGGCGACGCGCCUCCGCCUCCGCUGCCGGCCACCGGCGACGAGUCUUAUCCCCGCUCGCCGGCCACCGCGACGAGCCUCCGCCUCCGCUCGCCGGCCACCGGCGACGAGGCUCCAUCCCUGCGACGUGGAUCCGGGGAACUCCUGUGAGUUCACUCCCUUCUCUGUUCUCAAUCUCCUCUUCCCGUGAGUUCAUCCCCUUCUUCAGUUGUUCCUCAUCUUGUGGUUCCAGUGACGAAUUUCUUUGCCCCCUCGAUAUGCAGUUAGUGAGUUCUUGUUGCUUGUAUUCUUGUAUGCAGUAGAUGGCAUCUCCAAAUAUGAGCAACGCUAGUGCAAGUGCUAGUCAUAGCAUAGGAUCUGCAGCCACAAAUACAACAGACAUCAAGGCUCCACUUUGGGAUCAUGUCACCAUUCUGGAGAAGCCUAGAACUGGUGGAGGGAAUGCUAUGUGGCGCUGCAAGUACUGUCCAAUGCAAAAACUGAGUAGUUACACUAGAGUUGAAGCUCAUUUGCUGCAGAAGGGAGGAAAGGGAAUAGGUAAAUGUCCUAAUGUUACAUAUGAAAUGCUUAGUGAAAUGAGGAAGGAAAUUGAAAGGUGCAAGAAUCUAGUGGAAAGAUCCAAGUCAAGAACUGUUUCUUUGCCUACUGCUCCUUCCUCAAGCAAUACUGACGGCAACAAGAGAAACAAGACAGGGCCUGUUUCUGCAUUGGAAAAGGCUUGGGCUUUGGAAGACCGUAAGCACUUGGAUGCUUUAAUCAGUAGAGCAAUUUAUUCUGGAGGGGUAUCGUUCAAUUUUCUGAGAAAUCCAUAUCUUCGAGAAGCCUUUACCUUUGCUUGCAGCCGCAACAUGCAAGGUUAUGUGAUUCCUGGUUACAACAGAGUUAGAGAGGGACUUUUGAAGCAAGAAAGGAGGCACAUAGAGACUUUGGAGAGCACAAAGAGCACAUGGGCAGAGAAGGGAGUCACAAUCUGCUCUGAUGGUUGGUCUGAUCCUCAGAGGCGACCAAUCAUUAAUUUUGUUGCUGUUUCUGACAAGUCACCUAUGUUCUUGAGGGCUGAUAAUUGUGAAGGUGAUUACAAAUCCAAAGAAUACAUUGCAGAAAAGUUGAAGGGCAUAAUUGAAGAAGUAGGUCGACAUAAUGUAGUUCAAAUCAUUACAGACAAUGCUGCAAAUUGCAAAGGUGCUGGUCUCAUAAUAGAAUCUGAGUAUGAUAACAUAUUUUGGACACCAUGUGUUGUGCACACCCUCAAUCUUGCUUUGAAAAGUAUAUGUGAACCUAAAAUAGGAAACAAUCCUUCUGAUGAAGAAUUAUUUACUUGGGGGCAACUUGAAUUUAUACAUGAUGUUAAAACUGAGGCUGCUAUGAUAAAGAAUUUCAUUAUGAAUCAUGGCAUGCGGCUUUCAAUGUUCAAUGAGUUCGGCCGUUUGAAGUUACUUUCUAUUGCUGAAACAAGAUUUGCCUCUGUUGUAUGUAUGUUGAAGCGGUUUGUUGAGGUAAAAUCAGCCCUUCAACAAAUGGUGAUUAGUGACAAAUGGAGUGUGUACAGAGAAGUCAGAGAUGAUUCUCCAACUCCAACAGCCCAAAUUGUCAAGGACUUGAUACUUAAUGAUGUAUGGUGGGACAAGGUGGACUACAUUCUUAAGAUCACUACUCCUAUAUAUGAAAUGAUUCGUUUGACAGACACCGACACACCAUGUCUUCACUUAGUUUAUGAGAUGUGGGAUUCAAUGAUAGAGAAAGUGAAGAAAGUCAUAUAUCGAUAUGAGGGAAAGCAAGAAGAUGAGCAAUCAGACUUGUACUCGGUUAUUUAUGACAUAUUGAUUGCUAGGUGGACAAAUGGAAAUAAUCCACUUCAUUGUUUAGCUCAUUCACUUAAUCCAAGAUAUUAUAGCAAAAAGUGGCUUGAAGAAGGUCCAGGCCGUGAACCACCCCACAAGGAUAAAGAGGUAUCAAAAAUGAGGAUGGUUUGCUUCAAGAAGUUCUUUCCCAUGUCAGAUGAAUUGGCUAAAGUAAAAGACUCAAGGUUCUCUAGUUGUUCAGAAGAAUUUAAUGAUCCUGAUUCAAUCCAUGAUAGAUGGGCUGUUUCCCCUAUGACUUGGUGGACAAAUCAUGGACAGUCUGCUCCCCAAUUGAUGAGUUUGGCCAUGAAAUUGCUUAGUGAAGCGCCCCUGGUAAACCAGGAACUCAAAUGUGAUACAAUACUAGUCCCAGGAGGCUAGUAACACAUUUAUUACAUCAGAUAAGUUUCAGCGCAGUAGUCUUGGAAAGCGUGGACA